GUUAUUGCACAAUAUUUGUGUAUAAUUAAUGAAAAGUAUCUGAAAAAUUAAUAGCAAAUUACAGUUCUUUCACAAAUAUUUGUGUAUAAUUAAUAAAGAGCACCAGAAAACGAGGUAGCCAUACAUCCACUCUCCCAACGCACAACGACCGAAUUAACAUUCGCUGCACAUUCUUCUUCUUCUUCUUCUUCUUCUUCUUCUUCUUCUUCAUUCGUCAACUACUCAAGCUCUUGCUUCGUGAUUCUCUCUAUUUCUCUGUUCUUAGUUUUGUAGCUAGCUAUCUCAUCAGAUGAAGCAUAAUUCCAAGAAUCAGCCUCAGCUUUUCUGGCCAAGAGUGGUCCUGCGGAAAUGGCUGAAUAUCAGUGCUAAAGAGUCGGAUUACAGUGCCGAUACCGAAGACGAUGAGGAUGUUAAUUCGUCCGAUUCUGAGACUGAAGCAGAAUGCAAUAGGGGAAGAGAAUCACGCUUUAAGGUAGACAACAGAGAUGAACCACUGGUUGAUGCUAAUGAUGGGCUGCCGAGGUUGAGAAGAAGAAAUUCAGAAACAUUUAGGAUGCAAUAUAUAAACGCGAAAGAUCUCAGAAUAUGUGUUGCGACUUGGAAUGUUGGAGGAAAACUACCUCCUGAAGAUCUGGAUAUUGAUGGCUGGAUAGAUACCAGUGAGCCAGCUGAUAUCUAUGUCCUUGGUCUCCAGGAGAUUGUACCGUUGAAUGCUGGAAAUAUAUUUGGUGCUGAAGAUAGUCGCCCAGUUGCUAGGUGGGAAGAUAUUAUCCGUGAAACAUUGAAUAGAGUUAGACCUGCUACAACCAAGAUUAAAUGCUUUAGUGAUCCACCGUCCCCAUCAAAAUUUAAGCCAUCUGAUGACAUCCCAGAUUUAGAGGAGGAGAUUCUGCAGGAAAGUGAUAGUGAUGUUGGUGUGGAAGUGCAUCCAUGUGAUGAAGAAUUCUAUGGGAAGGAAAAUGGCGAUGGGCUGGUAGCUGAUAAAAAUCUAAGCUGGAAGUUCCCAAUUUCGGAUCUUUCUGCAAAUACCAUACCAGAGAUACCUGUAGAACAGGAUUUAGUGAGGCAAUAUUCUUCUCCAAAGAGAUUGGAUCGGUUAAAUUGCUUCACAGAGAAUGAGGAGGCUGUCUUUCAACAGAACAGAAGAUUAACUAAAAUGCUUAGUGGGACAGAAAGGAUCGGUUUGAGUUGGCCUGAACCUCCACUACAUUUACUACCCCAUCAUGUUUCUGAGAGACCCAACUCUUUUAAAUCAAUGAAUUCAUUUAAAACAACCAAGUCCUUUAGGACAUAUAGUUCUUUCAAGUCAACCAUGAAUGAAAUGCCGUCAGGGGUUGCUUUGCUUGGAGAAAUUGAUCUCGAGUCUCUCCUAAAACAGAAGAGAAGAUCGUCAUAUAUUAGAAUAGUAAGUAAACAAAUGGUUGGUGUUUUCCUCACAGUAUGGGUUCGUAGGAGUUUGCGAAGGCACAUUCAGAAUGUAAAUGUUUCUACUGUUGGUGUUGGUGUAAUGGGCUACAUCGGUAACAAGGGAUCCAUAUCUGUCAGCAUGUCCAUAUACCAGACCCUAUUUUGCUUUAUAUGCACACACCUUACAUCAGGUGAGAAGGAUGGAGAUGAACUUAAAAGAAAUGCUGACGUGAGCGAAAUACACCGAAGAACUCAAUUCCAUCCACUUAAUGGCAUUGGGUUUCCUAAAGUUAUCCACGAUCACGAGCGGAUAAUCUGGUUGGGUGAUUUAAAUUAUCGUAUCAACUUGCUUUAUGAGAAGACAAGAGAUCUUAUCUCGAGAAAAGAGUGGUCCAAAUUGGCUGAGAGUGAUCAGUUAUCGAGGGAAUUUAAGAAGGGUCGUGCAUUUGAUGGAUGGACUGAGGGAAACCUUAAUUUCCCACCAACCUAUAAAUACGAGAUCAAUUCAGAAAAGUAUUACGGUGAGGAUCCAAAAGUUGGACGGCGGACUCCAGCAUGGUGUGACCGCAUACUUUCAUAUGGAAAGGGAUUGAAAUUGUGCAGUUAUAGGAGGACUGAAAUUAAAUUUUCUGACCAUAGACCAGUAACAGCCACCUACGUGGCCGAGGUCGAGGUCUUCUGUCCCCGUAAGCUACAACGAGCUCUAACAUUCACAGACGCAGAGAUCGAAAAUGGGGAAGCAGCACUGGAUGCCAAAAAUUUUAUCUGAUCUUUCGUAUGCAUCGUAACGAGCUUCAAUACGUGCAUGGAGGAUUCUUGUACCAAUCAACAAAGAUAAGCAACAAGCUUUGCAAGGUAAUAAUUCCAAUGAGCUUAAUCUUUCACCAAACCAAGAUUUGGUUAACAAUUAAGGUUAUGUUUGGAGAUCAUGUGGCUCGUGUGCUUUGUUGAUAUCUUGUAUUUAAUUCCAUUCUUUGGAUCACAUUCUUCCAUGUUGCUAGAGAUGUGUAUUGUAGUGGUUGUGUACAUGAGUUAGCUGUUGUAGGGUUUCAUUUACAGUUAUAUAGGAAUGUACUUCUCUUAGUUUCUUUCUACUUCCUAAGGGUUUGUCUGAAUUGUGAGAACUUAGCACUGUAUAGAAAUAAAGUACGAAUGUUUGGAGAUUGGGAUU